AUGGGAAUCCCGUACUUGGAGGCUGGGGAUAUUGGUGUUCAGUUUUUGCCCCAGCCUGCCAGUAUCGUCUGGCCAUUGGUUAAGGGCGUCAUGCAAAUCCCUGUUAAUACCGAGGCAGAAAUCGGUGCGGCGCUUAUGACUGUUGAGGUCGUUGUUCGAACUAUCAGCUGCGGGAAGACAUACCAAGAAAUAUUUCAAGAAAAGAUCCCAGCGGAACUUUGGAAAACGCUCCGAGAGACGUUACUUAGACUAUAUAUUGCAUCCCUUGAUCUCCUAUUGCUUGCUAGGACUCAAACAGAUCGUCAUACAGCUGAACGACUUGCUCGUGCCUUUAUUAACCCCCAGGAGACCCAAGAGAAGCUGGAAAGGCUCAAAGACUGCAUCAAAAAUGUUUCUCAGGUUGUAGAGGCAUGUCAAGCGAAGAGUGGUGUUGCUUUGGACGAUAAAAUCAGUGGUUUUCUCCAAAAGUUCAGCAGUUUUGAGGACCACAUUGCUGAAAGCUUUGACAAACUUUUCGCUCGAAUGGAUGCGAAUGACUUGACGAGAAUUCUCGACUGGAUCUCGCCAAUCAAGGCUCAUGAUAGACAUCACUCGGUUAAAAACAACCGAACAGAAAACACAUGUGAAUGGCUCUUACAGAGCCGAGAAUUCGAAACAUGGGAGAUGUCAAAUUCAUCUUCGGUACUUCGGCUUGAAGGUUUAGUUGGAACUGGAAAAACCUUCUUGACCUCAAAGGUCAUUGAUCGUCUUCUUGAGAAUCUGCAUCCCCAUGAAAAUAUAGCGUUUUAUUACUGUCGACGUGAUGGGACAGCAGGCGAAGAACCAGACAACAUCACUCGAAGCCUCUUGCGCCAGCUUAUUACCACAUCUCAUCAUUCCGACAAAGUGCUGAAGGAAGUUCAAACUCUGUUCAAUGCCAAAGCAAACACAACAUCUGUUCUCGAUAUAGCUGUCUACCACGCUCUGGAUGAAGGUGAUGAGAGGAAAAGAAAGAAACUUAUGGAAAUAAUCAACUCUCUACGUUCAUUGAAGAAUCCAGUUAGAGUGUUCAUAUCUACUCGCCCUCGUGAUGGCAUCGAGCGCCACUUUCACGGUGAUCCUAUCAUUGGAAACAAAUGCGAUGGGUUAGAAGUGGAUAUCAAGGAGUUCAUUUUUAGAAAGACUGCGGAUCUUCCUUACUGGCCACGUCUGCCUACAUCUACUCAAACCGAAGUUGUUGAUACACUAUCAGGGAAAUGUGAUGGAAUGUUUUUGUGGGCUUCUUUGCAGAUUGAUUAA